AUGGGAACUAUCACGGGGGCCAAUCUGCAUGCACUUCUGGUGUGGACGAGCCCCUCUCCUCGCACUAAAUCACCUGCAGACGCACCCUACAAAGCAUCUGGCCGCAAUGCUCAUGACCUCAGUUAUUUCAGUGAAUGCAAUCAAACCAAUGAUCCUGCAGUGGCACUGAUAGAAGAAACACCAACUAAACCUUACAAUAAUGACAAAGAAGAAACAUUUAGAAGAGAAUUGCCAUAUUGUACAGGAGAAAUUGACUUCAUGGCUUCCGGAAAGAAACGAGGAAAGUUUAUUAAGGUCCCAUGUGCCAUCCAUCCCAGAGUAAUUUUUGAUGUUAUGAGCAACAAAUGGAACCUUCCUGCUCCUAACCUGGUUGUCUCUUUAGUUGGAGAAGAGGAAAACUUCCAGAUGAAACCUUGGUUACGUGACACUUUAAGAAAAGGACUGGUAAAGGCUGCACAGAGCACUGGCGCCUGGAUCUUUACCAGUGCUUUGCGUGUUGGAAUAACAAAGCACAUAGGGCAAGCAGUCCGAGAUCACAUGUUGGCAAGUACUUCAUCCACCGUGAAAGUAGUUGCAAUAGGAAUAGCUUCAUUGGGGAAAAUUCAGCACAAAGAACUUCUGGAAAAUGUAAAGAAUGACAAUCUUAUCAACUACAAAUCUGACCAUAAAGUCCAGGGUCCUCUAUAUUUCCUUGACAACAAUCACUCCCAUUUUAUUUUGGUGGAUGAAAAAGAACCCGAUGGGACUACAAGUCUACGUCUUACCUUGGAGAAACACAUUUCAGAACAGCGCACUGGCUAUGGAGGAACAGGUAGUAUUGAAAUCCCUGUGCUUUGCUUACUUGUGAAUGGAAGACCUAAAAUACUUGAGCGCAUUUACAGGGGCUUGGAAAAUUCUGCCCCCUGGCUCAUCUUGGCAGGAUCUGGUGGCAUAGCUGAUAUCUUAGCAGCACUCAUGAAUGAGCCACAUUUAAUAGUGCCACAGGUAGUGGAAAAACAAUUAAAAGAGAAAUUCUCCACUGAAGAUUUCUUAUGUAAGGACAUUCUUCAGUGGACAACAGUGAUUCAGAGCAUUGUCGCCCAGCAGCAUCUUUUAACAGUACAUGAUUUUGAGCAAGAAGGUUCUGAAGAAUUGGAUACGGUCAUUUUGAAAGCUCUGGUUAAGGCCUGUAAGAGUCAUAGUCAAGAAGCUCAGGAAUACCUGGAUGAACUGAAGCUGGCUGUGGCCUGGAACAGAGUGGACAUAGCUAAGAGUGAAAUAUUCAAUGGAGAUGUUGAAUGGAAGUCAUGUGACCUAGAGGAAGUGAUGAUGGAUGCCCUGGUGAAUGAUAAGCCAGAAUUUGUCAAGUUAUUUAUUGAUAAUGGGGCCAACAUAUAUGACUUCCUGACCUAUAGCCGGCUUCAGAGACUCUACUGUACCAUCUCACCGAAGUGUCUCCUCUAUUCACUUUUGCUUAAAAAACAUGAAGAAAACAGACUCACUUUGGCAGGAAUGAGUGGUCAGCAGCACAAGGAAAUGAUGGAUACCUGCCCACUUUUCACUCUUCAUGAAGUUUCCAGGGUGCUGAAGGAUUUUUUACAUGAUGCAUGCAGAGGUUUCUAUCAAGAACAUAAGUCUGGAAGUAAGAAGAAAGCUGAUAAGUUACAUGCAAAAAGGAUACCAGGUCCUUUGGAUAUGAAUCAGAAAAGUGAAAAUCCUUGGAGAGAUUUAUUUCUAUGGGCAGUACUUCAAAACCGGCACAAGAUGGCAUACUACUUCUGGGCUAUGGGGCAGGAAGGUGUUGCUGCAGCCCUGGCAGCUUGUAAAAUUCUCCGAGAGAUGUCUCAUCUGGAGACAGAGGCAGAAGUAGUCCGAAGAAUGAAAGAAGCAAAAUAUGAGCAGCUUGCUGUUGAGCUAUUCAGUGAAUGCUACCACAACAGUGAAGACAGAGCAUUUGCUUUGCUGGUGAGGAGAAACUGGUUCUGGAGCAAAACCACUUGUCUCCAUUUAGCCACAGAAGCAGAUACCAAGUCUUUCUUUGCACAUGAUGGGGUGCAGGCUUUUCUGACAAAAAUCUGGUGGGGAGAUAUGUCAACAUCAACCCCUAUCCUGAAGCUAAUUUGUGGAUUUUGGUGUCCUUUUCUGAUAUAUACUAAUUUGAUAUCAUUCAGUGAGGAAACCCAAUCAAUGGAAAAGCCAGAAUCAUUUAAAGAGCUUGACAGCUUGGAUACAGAAAAGACAUUGCUUUUUCACAAGGAAGUAGAGAGGGGAGAUACCAAAUUAGAAACACAGAAUACUUCGGAAAAUGUAGCAUAUGCAACAUUUGUAUUUACUCGAUGGAAAAAAUUCUGGACUGCUCCUGUCACAGUAUUUAUGGGGAAUGUUAUAAUGUACUUUGCCUUCCUCUUUCUAUUUUCCUAUGUCCUCUUGGUGGAUUUUAAACCACCCCCACCUAAAGGUCCAUCCAUCCAUGAGGUUAUACUUUACUUUUGGGUUUUUACAUUGGUCUUGGAAGAAAUCCGGCAGAGUUUUUUCACCGAUGAGGAUAUGAAUUUGAUGAAGAAGUUCAAAUUAUAUGUAGAAGAUAACUGGAACAAAUGUGAUAUGGUUGCCAUCUUCCUGUUUAUCAUUGGAGUCACCUGCAGAAUGUUGAAUUCUACCUUUCAAGAUGGACGAACAAUACUAGCUAUUGAUUUUAUGGUUUUCACUCUCAGACUGAUUCAUAUUUUUGCCAUUCAUAAGCAGCUGGGCCCAAAGAUUAUCAUUGUAGAGAGAAUGAUGAAGGAUGUUUUCUUCUUUCUCUUUUUCUUGAGCGUGUGGCUCAUUGCUUAUGGUGUGACCACCCAAGCCUUACUCCAUCCUGAUGACAGUCGAGCUGAGUGGAUCUUCAGAAGGGUGCUCUAUCGUCCUUACCUUCAAAUAUUUGGACAGAUUCCACUGGAUGAAAUAGAUUCAUCUCGCAUGGAGUUGGAAAAUUGCACAUCCAAAGGCAAUGUGUUAUCAUGCCCUAAUAACUAUGCUAAUUGGCUUGUCAUCCUUCUCUUGGUCAUUUUCCUCCUGGUUACAAAUGUACUGCUUAUGAAUCUACUGAUUGCCAUGUUCAGUUACACUUUUCAGGUUGUUCAGGGAAAUGCAGACAUAUUCUGGAAAUUUCAGCGUUACAACUUGAUUGUGGAAUACCAUGGUCGACCUGCAUUUGCCCCACCUUUUAUCAUUAUUGACCACAUUAAACUGUUUCUUAGACGAAUAUUCAAGAAAAUGGAGCACAAAAAAGAGCACAUGGAAAGAGAUCUGCCAGAAGGCCUGGAUCAAAAAAUCAUAACCUGGGAGGCACUACAAAAAGAAAACUACCUGGCAAAUCUGGAAAAGAAGAAAAAAGAAAGUAAUGAAGAAAGACUAAAGAAAAUGUCGGACAAGGUGAACAGUCUUUCAAAAUAUUUUAAUGGUCUAAAAGAACAAGAUAAACGGCUUAGAUCUUUGGAAUCACAGAUCAACUAUUGCACAGUAAUCCUUUCCUCAGUGGUAGAUACCCCAAACAGCUUAUUUUGCAAAAGACCAGCUCUGAACUACACAUGUUUCAUAGAGAAUGACUCUCAUCAAAUGCCUGCACCAGAAAGGAACGAAGAUGGAGAAUCCACAGAUCCGCUUCAAGAUGACAUGAUGUAUAUUGAUAACUGACACUACCAAAGCUGAAAUAUUAGUUGUGUUGCUGAUUGCGUUUUUGGCAUACUUGACAUGCUCUUCAAUUUCUUAAAAGAAUUUUUUCCGUGGCAGCACAUGCCUUUUUUCCUUGUAACAGACAUAUAAUAGUUAGAACAAAUCAGCUGAUGAAAAAGGCUGAAGAGUGGCUUACCCCAAAGGGACCAGGAGAUCAGCAUGUACAAAAGCCACAAUUGGUGGGAGCUGUAGUAAAGAGGAAACUGGGGAAGAUUAAACUAAAAAGCUGCAUGGAUCCAACCCAAUACCUUCCAUCUUUUAGCACUGCAUCUAAUGUAGUAAUCUUAAAAGCAUUUCUUUCCAUACUGGGGGCAGCAGUUAGAAAGUGUACCAAGUACCUUAACUGUUUAAUUCCUGAUUCUUACUCUUCCCAGAGUGGCAAUAUACCACAUUAGUACAUUUUGCUUCCUGCUGUACUUGGUCCUCUUCUCAAACUUUGGUUCAUAUAAGUUUUGCUGGUAAUAUCCUCAAAACCCAUCAUGGUUAUCACCUAUCAUAAAUAAUCCUGUUACUUUGUCUUUAUGAUCACAGCAUUUCUGCCACCAAGGAACUGCUUUAGACCAAGAUUAUUUUAUUCUGAUAGAAGUUCAGGUCUCUUUUAUAUGCAAACACAAGUUAUCAAAAGCUGGAAUAAAUUCUCAGUGAUUUGAAGAAGGACCCCUCCCCCAUUUUACCUAUAAUUCUCUCUCAAGGUUGGUUUGAGAUCAUGAACAAGGUCAUCUAGGCCUUUAGAACAGUAGAUGAGAGCAAGCAAAGUGAAUGUCAACACUUGCUAGUAGAUAGUGGUCUGAAUUCUCAAGAGGUUUUGCGUGUGAAACAGCUGGAAACCCAUUAUAAUGUACAACAAUAUGGAAAUAAACCAAAAUGCUACUCCAAAAGAUAUGUUUGAUAAUAUAGCUAAGAGCUACUGGGCUUUGAUCAGAUUUUCUUUUAUAGAUGGUUUCUUAUUAUAUACAGCU